CUGGCCCCUUUGGUAGUUAACACACACACAUACACACACACACAUAUGUGCACAUACUACACUUUUCACAACUCAUAGCUGCUGUGGAGGCAUCACACGCUCCUUGGAGGACAAGUCUUUUUUUUUUCCACGUGACUUAUGAUGGAGUUUUUAAAACUUCUCCACUAAUUUCGUCGGAACCAUCGGCAACAGCAGUCAGCGCGAGGUAGAUGAGAAGGCUUUGACUUGCUCUCGCCUGGAGUUACAUUAUGGUUCUGGGCCGAGCUGUCAACAUGAGUUUGAUGGACAUUUCCAAGAUCUUCUCCCUGCUGCAGCCCAAGGAGGAGGAUGAGGACAAUGGGCCGUGUCAGGCCCUGAAUAACGCCGUGAGCAGCGACAAUGUGACUCUCCUCUCAGAGCUUCUGUCUCAGGAGAAUUACAGGAAGUCCAUCAAUGCUCGGAGCGGGUGGGGGGUCCCGGUAACGCCCUUGCGCACUGCCGCCGCUCUGGGACACCUGAGGUGCCUGGAAUUAUUGUUGGAGCACGGCGCAGAGAUUGACAGCUUGGACGUGAAGGCCCAGACGCCUCUGUUCACAGCUGUGAGUGGGAAACAUCUGGACUGCGUGGUGGCCCUGCUGAGGGCCGGAGCCGAUCCCAACGGCAGCCAGUACAACAACUGCUCCCCCGUGCUGACCGCCGCCCGGGACGGCGACGUGGACGUCCUCAGGGAGCUGCUGCGCUUCGGAGCCGAGGUGGACGUCAAACCCAAAGUCCCCGAGUGGGCCUCCAACGCCACAGCCUGCAGAGGGCCGCUCUACAUCUCGGCCGUUUAUGGACACCUGGACUGCUUUAAGCUGCUCCUUCUUCACGGCUCCAACCCCAACUACAACUGCACAGACGAGAAGAUGCUGGCCCGGAUCAAACAGCCAAAGACGGUACUGGAGGUGUGUCUCCACUACGGCUCCGGGGUGGAGUACAUUCAGCUCCUCAUAGACUUUGGGGCAAACGUGUACUUACCUAUGCUCACCAUUGACAAAAGUACGAAGCAGACUGAAGCUCUGGCUCUGCUCAUCAAGGAGAGAGGGUGUCCCAAAACUCUGAUGUCACAGACCCGGCUGGCAAUUCGAAGAUACCUCCCGUUUGCCAACAAGGAGCCGGCAAUUGACAGUUUGGACAUCCCUCUCAUCCUGAGGAACUUCUUGAAGCACGACACUUCUGAACUCCUGUGAUGCUACAGUUUGCAUUAGUUGAUUUAGACAGUGCCUUUUUUUUAUACACCCCUGUGCUGUUCACUCAUAUUUGGAUUACUGAUUUCCUAGCUUUUUAACACUUUUUUAACUACAAUCAGGAAGGGACGGAGGACAGAUUUACAGAUGGGGCACAGUUUCUACAGAUAUUCUUUAGGGCUACAAAGCUUACAUAAUUUUAGUUUGCCUACAAAGAACAUCCUGAAGGACUCCAUGUUGGAAAAUGUGUCGCUCCAUUGAAGAGUGUUACACCACAGUUGACCACUAGAGACCACAGUAACACUGCCCAUUGUGCUCGUCCGAGUUAGAGGCCUCUCGUCGGGCGUUUUCAUCAUCUGUGAAUCUUUGCACCCCCUUUAGCUCUUUAGAUUUUCACAGGUGAUAUUAGACAAUCCUGUUUUACUUCACGGCUGUUACUUAGACAUCCACACGCAGCUGAAGAAACACACACACAAACAGUCUGUCUGCGUCACACCAGGAUGCCUUAGAUCUUGUCGGAAAAACAGCCUUGCAUCUUUGUACUUCAAAACAUCAGGAAGCGGAGUGAACUGCCUACACUUCAGCGCGGCCAAGUGGGAGCUCAGAUUUGCAUCAGUCUCAUUAUUUAUUGAUUAGUUACUUGCAGGCUACCAUUUGUGGUGGGGUUUUGGGUUCUUUCUUAUUUCUAAUUUGUGACUUGCGAGUGCCGUUCUGAUGAUGUUAUUUAUCCGAUGCCUUUGAACGUUUCCUCUGUGAUAAAUCAAGGAGCAGUUAAUGUGUCAGCUGUCAGGAAUGGGCCCUGCAAACAGGACGUGACGUCACGUGGCAGGAAACUCGGCACAAUGCUCUCACCCGCACACAGUUUGACGCCUCGACACGCACUUCUGUAGAGGUUUUAUUUUCAACAAAAGUACAGCUAUAUCAGAUAUGGAUUUAUUUUUUACAGCGAAGUACAACAUAUUCCCAGUGCUUCUGAUUACAUCAAAACAUAUAAUGUACAUACAGUUGACAUCUCCACUCUCCCAUUCACAGUUUCUGGAUUGAAUAGGCAUUAUUUUUAAGGAUUUUUUUUCCAUUUCUACAACAAAUAAUCAAACUCAAAGGCCGGCGAGAAAGAAAAAGACAAAAGUUUGCAUAUGAUGAUAAAGGAUGCAGAUACUGUGAGUAAAUUCUUCUGUGACAGGAAAAAAAAAAAAGAAAAUCUAGACCUCAAACUAGAUGGUAAUAUACAAUGAGUAGUUUCCAAAUGUUGGGAUGUCAGUCUUCUGUUAACCUUGUUGUCAUUGAACACCACAUCAAGAUAUGGCUCGUUGAAGACCCUGGCUAUUGUGAAGCAACACAGGACUGCAAAACCAACUGUGAGGAGUUCCUACGGAAGAUGCUGCGACACUAAAUGUGAGCGGCUCAAGUACACCCCGGACUAAAAGGAAUUACAUAAAUGUGAGCGAACUCGGAUGCCUUCAGGUGACAGCCUGCUAACUUGGCUGCCUUGGAUAUACGACCGUAAA